AAAAGCAGCGUUGCUUUAAGGCUAGAGACCGUCAUCACAUCAGCAGCUUGGCUUUGUGACAGCACAGCUCUUCUGCACAGGGGCUCGCUUUAUUUUAUUUUUCGGGUAACAGAUACUUGGUUGUGUAAACGUUCUACCUGCACAACUUCAACUGCAACCUGUGCAACGUAUAAGGAAGAAUUUCCGUGAAUGUAAAACCGCACAGGUGCAUCAAGUUAGUCGGCGAAAUGUGAAAUAUGAAAUACUUAGAAAGGGUAGAUUUUUCGUAAGUUAUGCGAAGAACUUUGUGGUUUUCCUGGAUAUUGGCUUAUUAAAUACUUUGUUAUAUAUUUUUUUUAUCCUGAAGAUGACUGUUUUACUUUAUUGUGAAAGAAAACUCUAAGCCUGAACAGACAACUUAAACAGUGCAGUGGAGUCAACGCGCAAGGUGUUUCAUGCACCCCGUGACAAACUGUUUGAAUUUACGAACAGCAAACUAUGUUUUGACAUUUAAAGGCAUUUCUUUUAAUGAAAUUACAAUGGGAGAGAGUUUCACUGGUUUUAACAUAAGCACGAUGUCUUCCGCUGUCGGUGAUUCCUCGAAGGUAAACGGGGAUACAGCAGCUUCGUUCUCUGGCUGUAUCACGGUGAUAUUGGCUGUCCUUAUGGUCAUAUUGGUUACAGUCACAGUGUUGGGGAAUGCUCUGGUUAUUCUGGCUUUUAUUGUGGAUAAGAGCCUUAGAAACCAAAGCAAUUACUUCUUCCUUAAUUUGGCAAUUUCAGACUUCUUAGUAGGUGCCUUCUGCAUCCCAGUAUACAUCCCUUAUAUACUGACUGGGCGAUGGAUGUUUGGGAGAGGCCUUUGCAAGCUCUGGUUGGUGAUGGAUUACCUCCUAUGUACUGCUUCAGUCUUCAAUAUAGUCCUGAUAAGCUAUGACCGCUUCCUUUCUGUUACUAGAGCUGUUACAUACAGAGCCCAGCAAGCGACGACCAAGCAUGCUAUUACCAAGAUGGUUGCUGUGUGGGUGUUAGCAUUUCUCCUUUAUGGUCCUGCUAUAAUCUUCUGGGAGUUUAUUGUAGGAAAAAGCAAUGUUCCCUGGGAAGAAUGCUACGCUGAGUUCUACCACACUUGGUAUUUCCUGCUUAGUGCAUCAACAUUUGAGUUUUUUGCACCUUUCAUCAGUGUGACCUUUUUCAACUUGAGUAUCUACCUGAACAUCAGGAAAAGAAACCAAAACAAAUUAAACUCAAUGAAAGAAGGAAACGGCCACUUGCGAAGCCGACAAGAUGCAGAGCAGCUGGGUUCAGUGUUCUUUGUGAAAACAAGAAAAACUUCUCAGAGCGCGCCAGUGGCUGAUGUUGUGGUGAUAGAAGAGGAGGACAGACCUUCCUCCAGCUGCCCCAGCAACACCUCCUUUGCAUUAAAAAAGAAGAGGGGGUCAUGCACUUUAAAGUGCAUAAAUGUCAACGCUUCGACAUCAGAUGGUCGGUUCGACACUGUGUCACAGAAACUCACCCCACAUUUCAGACUGUCCAGGGAUAAGAAAAUUGCAAAGUCUCUCGCCAUCAUAGUGUGCAUUUUUGGCAUAUGUUGGGCUCCUUAUACGCUGUUGAUGAUCAUACGAGCAGCCUGCAGUGGACGCUGCGUGCAGUACCACUGGUACGAAAUCACCUUUUGGCUCUUGUGGCUGAAUUCAGCCAUUAACCCGUUUCUGUAUCCUCUCUGUCACAGCAGUUUUAGAAGAGCCUUUGCAAAGAUACUGUGCCCAAAACGACAGUCUAUACAGCCUCAAAUUGAAUCACAAUCCUGUCAACACUAGAAAAUAUAAAUUACCAGACCAACUGCAUUCUGAACCACUAAACAAAUGAUCAGACCAACUGCAUUGGGAACCACUAUACAAACCAUGGCAGCUUAGUGUUUUUCGAAAUGUUGGCCAACAGUAUCUUGAAACAGUGGGAAAGAUUAUUAUUAUUUAUUUCUCAGCAGACGCCCUUAUCCAGGGCGACUUACAAUUGUUACAAGAUAUCACAUUAUUUUUUACAUACAAUUACCCAUUUAUACAGUUGGGUUUUUUUUUUUACUGGAGCAAUCUAGGUAAAGUACCUUGCUCAAGGGUAUAGCAGCAGUGUCCCCCACCAGGAAUUGAACCCUCCAGUCAAGAGUCCAGAGCCCUAACCACUACUCCACACUGCUCCACACAAAAGAUAUGGUGUAUGUUUUGUUUGUCAUACAACCUUGUACUUGUGUCUCACUGUACUGCUUGCUAAUAAUCUAAAGUAACUCCAGCAUUUGAAUGUUGCCAUUUCUUGGUCAAAUGCAGUUUUAAUAAGAAAAUACAUAAUUGUGUUAUACAGUAUCAUUUGUAAUUAUAUUGUUUGUUUUAUUAAAUAUGUUCUAUUAAAUUGAAUGUAUUUUGCACAGAUGUGUUUUACAAUAAUGGUAGCUUGUAAAAAUAUAUUACACUAUGUAACACAAUUUUUGUUCCUGGGUAGUAAGUGUUAUUUCCUAAUUGCUUAUGCCUCAAAAGUAUAGAAAAUGGCUAUUAUUCCCCACAAACUUUGCUUUUGUGACCAGGACAGUGAUAUUUUGAAAUUUACCUAUUUCCAAUGAGAAAACGGGCGGAUUUGUGUCUUUUCGUUCACAUAAAGUCAGAAAAAAACAACAUAUGAAUCCAAAUUAACAUGUAUUUAUACUAAAAUAAUACAAAAAUGACUACAAAAGAUUUAGAAGUGAGUAGUUUUUCGAGAUUUACUAUUAUACUGUAAAUCACUUUCACAAAUCAGCCCCCAAAUGUAGUCUCCCAUCAUGUUCUCGUUAUACUGUCCUUGGUAGCAGCGUUCAAAGUCCAGUAUAUCCUGGUGGAAGCGCUCGCCUUGCUCCUCCGAGUACGCUCCCAUGUUCUCCUUGAAUUUAUCAAGAUGAGCAUCAAGGAUAUGGACUUUGAGGGACAUCCUACAGCCCAUUGUGCCGUAGUUCUUCAACCAGCUCCACAUGAUGGGAGACUACAUUUGGGGAACCAGGAACCAAAAAAAAAUAAAAAAUUGAUAUCACAGUGUUAUCACAGACAAAAAAAAACCCAAAACAUUGUAACACGUAAGUUGGUUAUGAUCAGUUUUUUUUUUUUUUUAUCAAUUCCUUCAGCUGUUUUUGUCAUACAAAUAACGAAUACAUUUGUGCAGCCAAGGGAACAGGACAUUCCAUUAUUACACACGUUUUUUUUUUUUUACUUUGACAAAUAAGCUGAAUAAAGUGUUUUUGCAUCACUCAGACUAAUGUAUUAUACAAUUAGACACAAUGUAGAAAUAAAACAAUGUAUUAAGAGACAUUCAACUUUUUAAUGUAUUAUUUUCCUGUUACUCCCAUUGUUACCUUUGUCGGCUGGA